AUGUGCUUAGUGGUCAGUCCCUCAAUAAAUUCACCCCAACCUGAAAGACACGCCGUUAUCCUUCCUACGCACUCAAUUCCUUCUGUCAGUUCUUUACGAUUUCCAAUCUUCACGAUACUCCUUUCACCCGCUAACCACCAUCUACUUAUCUCAGCCUCUCCUCUUUCUUCCACUUCUCCUUCUAAUCAGCUUCUCACCGUACUCACAUACCAUCACAUCAAAAUGCUUGAAGCUCGCCUAGAACAAGCCAGUCUUCUGAAGCGCGUCGUCGACGCCAUCAAGGACCUGGUCCAAGACUGCAACUUCGACUGCAAUGACUCCGGUAUCUCACUUCAGGCCAUGGACAACUCCCAUGUUGCUCUCGUCUCCAUGAUGCUCAAGGCCGAGGGAUUCUCCCCUUACCGUUGCGACCGUAACAUUGCCCUCGGUAUCAACCUGCUCUCCCUGACCAAGGUCCUGCGCGCCGCCCAGAAUGAAGAUAUCCUCACUCUCAAGGCUGAGGACUCUCCCGAUGCCGUCAACCUGAUGUUCGAGAGUGCCGAGACGGAUAGACUUAGCGAAUAUGAUAUUAAGUUGAUGGAUAUUGACCAGGAGCACCUGGCCAUCCCGGAGACAGAGUACGCUGCUACGGUAGAGAUGCCGGCAGCAGAGUUCCAGCGUAUCUGCAGGGAUCUGAAUGCCCUCUCUGAGUCCGUUGUCAUUGAGGCUACGAAGGAGGGUGUCAAGUUCUCCUGCCAGGGUGACAUUGGCAGUGGCUCCGUCACCGUCCGUCAGCACACCAACGUCGAGAACCCCGCACAGAACGUCUCCAUCUCCCUCACCGAACCCGUUGCCCUCACUUUCUCCCUCAAGUACCUCGUCAACUUCUGCAAGGCUACCAACCUGUCGAACAAGGUCACCCUGUGCCUGUCGCAGGAGGUGCCGCUCCUCGUUGAGUAUGGCCUCGGUAGCGGUCAUCUGAGAUUCUACCUGGCUCCUAAGAUUGGCGAUGAGGAGUAA